AUGUUAAAAAGAUUGAACGAGAGAUUCGCUACUAAGUCACAUCUAGACACUGAGAAACUAAAUGAGUAUGGAUUCGUACCAUCAGCAGAAGAGAUUCAUAACCCCAAUCUGAACUUCCAGCAAAUCUAGAAAAUGAAGUAGCGCUUUAAUUUUGAAGGAGAAUUCCAAUGUUCACUCUGUCCCAAGAAGAUCCUUGAUACAAAGCUUGAUCUCUAGAUGCAUUUGGGUUCGAAGUUUCACGCAGAGAACGUUAAGAGAUAUUUUAAAAGGAAUAAGAAGGAAUUGGAGAAGAAGAUAAAUGAGACAUAUAAAGUGAGAUGUAAAGGCAUUAGUAAAUAUAGUAGCAGGUUUAAGAAACUAACAUGGUUGAGUCAUUAUUUCAAAGUCAAAAAUAGUUUGAAAUGA